AUGGUUCCCAACAAGUGGACCAUGAAUUCUGUUCUUCACAAAUCGCCUCCUCGGAGCUGGCUCGGACUCAAAUUGAGGCUCAAUGACAAGCCCGUCCAAGAGGAGGACUGGGUUGUGUGCCAGCACCCAGAAUGCCCCGAUCGUCGCAGGGCCUCAAAGGUUUGCCAUCACCCUGACUGCCAAGGCCCGAAUAGCAACAGCCCCCUUCACCUGUGUGAGUCAUGUGACUCACGCUGCCACUCAGAGAAGAACGACAAUAUGCACUUUGAUCGGCACCCCCGAUUUGACUUACAACCUCAAGCUUCCAUCCUGGCCCGGAACGUGUCUACUCGAUCCUGCCCCCCUCGUACCAGCGGCCCCUCUGACCUGGAAGAAGAGGAUGAAGGGAGCUGUGACCGCGGGGAGAGGAAAGCUGGGGGAAUGAAGCUGGUAAAGAAGAAGCCAAGGAGGAGACACACUGAUGACCCCAGCAAAGAGUGCUUCAGUCUCAAGUUUGACCUCAAUGUGGACAUCAACACUGAAAUAGUACCUGCUAUGAAAAAGAAAACCUUGAGAGAGGUUCUAGGUCCAGUGUUUGAGAGGAAUGGUAUCGAACUAUCACGUGUCGACUUGUUCCUUGAUCAGUCCAACACACCACUGUCUCUUAACUUUGAGGCCUAUCGAUUUGGCGGACACUACCUCAAAGUCAAAGCACGGCCUGGCGACGAGCUAAAAGUGGAGCAGGGGGUAAAGGACAUGAGGUCACUGAGCCUGCCCAACAUGAAGCCCACCGAGAGUCAGACCCCCUACAUACUCACGCCAGCAACCGGGAGGGUGGAGCACGGAUCUCUGGGACGUCGCGAGGGUGCAGAUCCAUUGGGUCAAUCUCGGCGGAGGAAGAACAUGACAGAGUUUUUAGGGGAGACGAACAUUCCCACACCGGAUACGCUUGGGCAGUUGGGUGGCUCGCUUCCCAGCGUGGGCUCCGGUCCUGACAGCUGGAAAAACCGAGCUGCCGGCCGCUUCAGUGGCCUCUUCAGUUCCAAUGCUGCGACGGCAUCCUUCGGCAAGGAAGUGGACCGACUGGAGCAGCUCCAGAGCAAGCUGCACUCAUAUACGUCGUUCGGGCUGCCCAAGAUUCCUCGUCAGCUCUCCUUCCACCAGGACUCCUGGGAGGAGGAGGAUGAGCAGGAGCCCGACCUGGUACUGGAGGACAGCUGGCAGAUGUUGCUGGACAAUGCUGAGACUUUGACAAGGAGACAGUUCCACCAACAGGAAGCUAUAUGGGAGCUGUUACACACUGAAGCCACCUACAUUAAAAAACUACGAGUCAUCACUGACCUCUUCCUGUGCGGCCUACUCAACCUGCAAGAGAGCGGCCUGCUGACCGAAGUGGAACCCACACGUCUCUUCAGCAACAUCCAGGAGAUUGUACGUCUGCACACGUCACUCUGGAACCAGGUCAUGCACCCACUGUUAGACAAGGCCAGGCAGGCCCGGGCAUUGCUUGACCCCACUGACCUCCAGCAUGGAUUCAUGACGUUCGCCUCCAGAUUCAAGCCGUACAUCUCUUACUGCAUGGAGGAGGAAAGCUGCAUGGAGAACAUGCGAGCACUUCUCAGGGACAAUGAGCUCUUUAAGACAUAUGUCACCUGGGGUGAGAUGCACAAACAGUGCAACCGUCUAAAAUUGGCAGACAUGUUGGCAAAGCCUCACCAGCGGCUGACCAAAUACCCCCUCCUGCUGAAGAGCGUGCUGAAGAAGACAGAUGAUUCAGCUACGCGUGAUGUCAUUAGCAGUAUGGUGGUCUCGGUGGAGGGGUUCAUCGACAGUAUCAAUUCACACAUGCGCCAGCGUCAGGAGCAGCAAAAGUUGGCUACCAUUUCUGCCCGCAUCGAAUCCUACGAGGCAGUAGAGGGCAGUAGCCAGGAGGUAGAGAAGAUCCUCAAAGAGUACAACCACUUCGACCUUAUGGCUCCCAUGAAAGGAACAUCUGCCGAGGAGACGCGACAGCUCCACCUUGAAGGCGCUCUGAGAAUGAAGGAGGGCAAAGACAGUCGGAUGGAUGUGUACUGCUUCCUCUUCACUGAUCUGCUGCUCAUUACCAAGCCGGUGAAGAGAGUGGAGAAGGUCAAAAUCAUCCGGCAGCCUCUCCUAAUCCACAACAUUGUCUGCAAGGAGCUGAAAGACACAGGCUCCUUCAUCCUCAUCUACCUCAAUGAGUUCAGGAGCGCUGUGGCUGCCUACACUUUCCAAGCCAACAGCGCCUCCCAGGGGCGAAGCUGGAUCGAGUCAAUCUGCAACGUCCAGAACCAAUUCCAAAGGCUCCACACCGAGGAAGUGAUCCGACUACAAACUUCUCUCACGAGUUGCACGGUGGGUGAAGAAGAGCAGGAUGAGGAAGAGGAGGAUGAGAGCAGCAACUCAACUGCAAGUUCGCCAUGUCUGAGACACAAAGAUCAGCAUGAUUUAAGUCAAUCGGACGGUUCCACUGAGACGUUGUCAGUCAUGGAAGUCGAGGUGCCGGCCGAGUCUCAAGCGGCUUCCGAUGCCAGCCUUGGUCCGGUGGCUGACACCGACACUGCUUCUGACGUGUCCGCCCUGUCAGAAGUCGAACGCCCCGCGAGUCUCCAUAGGACCUCCUCCAGCGAGGAGCUAGACCCUCAGUAUCGCUCUCUCUCCAUGGACAGCGCCUACGGUACACUCUCCCCAGUGUCACUCCUCAGAGAACUUCAGCCCCCGCAAAGCGAAGAAGAGUGCACUGAGGAGGAAGACGAGGAGGAAGAUUCUGCCUCACUUGGCUCACAGUUGUCAGUGGUCCAGCCGUGCAAACCUCGACGAUGGGCUCAUGUGCAGCCUAGGCUCCACUGCCUCCAGAAGCAGUCUCCUCUGGCCUUAUCGCGCUCCGAGGACAACCUCCUGCAGCGUCUGUACGCCAAAAGUCAGCCCUCACACAACCCGACUAGACCAGAGGCAUCCCCGCUAGCGCACAGCAAGAGCAUGUCAGAACUCGGGAGCAACGGCGCAGACUUCUUAUCCGUCAACCUCCGCCAAGAUGUCCUCGACGAGCUCUGUCCCCGCGUCUCUGACGGGGCUGCGAAAAGGGAGUCCGAACCGACGGCAGGGGGUGAUCUGAGAGAAAUGUCGCCUAGUGCGAGGACGUCCCCGGCACAGCAGCACAAGAAACUGACGCUAGCGCAGCUUUAUCGAAUACGUACCACUCUGGUCCUCAACUCUACGCUCACUGCAUCGUAA